AUGGCCUCGGUGACCAACACGAGCCUGCCUGCGAUCCUCUGUACGACGCUGAGGAACGCAUCACGAGCAAGACUACGAUGUGUCCAGCUGAUGAAGAGCAAGCAAAACCUCAAGAUUGCUCAGAUCUUGCUCAAGCACGGCUUCGUCUCCAACGUUCACUACGGUACAGCUACCUCUCCCGUACCUGCCGAUGCCAACGGGGCGCCCAUUGCUGCUCAGAGGAUAUGGGUCCAUCUCAAAUAUCGCAAUGACCGUCCCGUGUUAGGCGACUUGCAACUCAUCUCGAAACCCUCCAGGCGGAUCACCGUAUCCACUCAGGAGCUACAUCGAUUGCUCACGGGAAGACGAGCGCAGUAUGUUCCUCCGAUAGGCAUGGGCGAGAUCGCGAUAGUACGAACGGGUGACGGCCAACUAUUGGAAGCCAGAGAGGCUUUGACGGCCAACGCGGCCGGCGAACUCGUCGCCCGCAUAGGACCCGACAUCUAGUCUCGCUCGGGCUUGUGUGUGUGUGUGCAUUUUCGAAGCCCUUCACAGGAAGGAAAGCCCCAAACCGAAUUGGAGACCUUUCCUCAGGCCAUCACUCCUCGAGGCAGCCAGUGGCACGCCCAGGUUGAGCUCGAGUCUGACGAUCUGGUGUCGGUAGAGCAGACCCAAGCCGGUAGAGACUGCCGGCGUAGCGACUGCUCGCCAGACAUUUUGUUGUAGUGUUGCAUCUGUCGGGCCUAUCAGCUCUUGUUGACCGCGUUGGUGAGACGACCAGGACUGACUGUGAUCCAUUGCGAUCAAUUGACCUGCAUUGACGAAUGCGUGCAACUUGAGAGGCCAGUGCUC